AUGCUCUUCCUCGCCCUCUGGGGCAUCGUCCUCUUGGCGGGGGCAGCUCUCUGGGUACGCUCGGAGCCGAUGCGAACAACGCUGCUGCCCCCCCCCCCCCCUGCGGAGUUGACCAAUUCGAGGUUCCGCCGCCGCGGGGGUGCGGGGCGACUUUGGGCGGCGGCGGCGGCCGAAGUUGAGAGUGAUGAUGGGAAGGGAGUAGUCGGUGGCGGUCAUCGCGAGGGUGAGAGCACAGCAGCAGUGUCGGCGAGGAAGUGGCGGGAUCUGGUGGUGCUGCUGGCCCUCGCGCCUCCGGCGCUGGAUGCGACCGCCCAGUUCUGCUUCUUGCGACUGGCGGCGAGGAGUUGCAGCGCCUGGCUCGCCGUGGGUCUUUUUAUCGCUUCGACCGUGUACGCCUGUCUGGUGGGAGCGUCGGUGGUGGUGGCGGGAGUGGCGGAGCUCAAAGGAGGAGAGGCCAAGUUUAGGUGCCUCGUGGCAUCCUGGCACGCCCUCCUGCUUCUGACGGCGGUGGGAGCGCUUUCCCAGCAGCAGUGGGAUAGGACCGUGGUCCGCCAGGGACUAGGCUCCGUGCUACUUUCGCUGGCGGCAUGGCAGCUGGGGGGGCUCUCCGCUAGGCGGGUCGAAGGGGCCGUCCGCUACGGCCUGGUGGCUACGGUGCAGAAAGCGCUUGGAGAGGCCAGCAACCACGAGAAGCUCUCACCCGAGUCUCUGCUGGAAUUGGCCGCUGGCCGGUGGUUGGUCGAGUACUGGUCCCAGCCUCCGACUUUCUCCGCCCCGGAGGUGCGCGAGAUGCUCGUCCAAGCCGUAUCGUCGAUCGCACGGGAGAGGCUUCUCGGCAGUACGAGUAGGCGCGGCGGCGGCGGCGGCGGCGGCGAUGGAGGGGGCCGGGGUCGCAGCAGCGGGGACAUCCAGGACACUUUUGUGAAGGAUGGAGUGAGGGAUAGUCCGGAGCUUUCGGAGGCGCCGUCUCCGGCGGGGGGUGUAGAGGCGCUCACGGGGUGGCUGGAAGGGAGGGGCAGUGAGCCUCCUGUGCCAAAGCUCUGGCAUCCUGUGGAAAACCCUGCGUCUGCUAGCCCGGGAUGGGUGCUCGUGUCGUCGGAGGCGCCGCUCCUCUGGAGAGCAUGUCCGACCUUGUGCGCGUCCGUCUUUUUGCUGUUGCGGUCGUUGGUCGGGGGGGCACCGUGGAUGGAGUGGGCGUUUCUUGUGGCCCUCGCGGGGCCGGCGGCGGUGGAGGUGUGGAGGCUUCGCGUCUUGCGGAAAGAGCUAACCCGAAAGAAACGCGACCACCGGCCGCCGCCACCGCCGCCGCCGCUGGCGCGGCGGACGCAGGCAGCAGGAGCGGCCGCCGACCGCCUAUCCCUUCUUCUCCGAGAGUCCAAUCCCCCUCUCGAGAACGUCUGGAAGAACGCGGUACGCCUUGCGGAGAAGCUCGGAGAGGACCCCGCGGGCGGCGGCGGCGGCGGCGGCGGCGGCGGCGGCGGUAGCCCGAGUCCUCGUGUCGUUGACCGGGUUGACGCGGGGGUGGCAAUGACAGGUGCUGCUGAUGCUCCUCGCGCGAGCAGACCCGAGGCGGCCUUGACAGUGCCGAAGAGCUCGCUACCCGUUGGUCGCGACCAGGCGGAUAUUUUUCGUGCAGGCCUGGCGGCGAGGAUUGGAGCCGAGCGUGUCCUGGGUGGGCGUCCCCGCUUGCUGAAGGACUACCUGGCGUAUUCGAGGCCGAGAUCAGCGGACAGUCCCGCCUACCCCGGCCGGUUCACGGGUAGCAGGACGAACAACAGCCUCGGACUCGGGCUGGCUCGGCCCCUGGCUGGCUCUUCUGGGUCGCUUACCGGGGCGACAGCCACCGCUGUUGCCCCUACCGCAGCCCCAGACCCCACCGCCGGCGGUGACGACGACGCCGCCGCUGCCGCCGCCAUUGAGGCAAGCGCUGAUGCUGCUACGGAGGCGAUUCCGGUCCGCGGGGACCCCGGUGACGAUGAUGCCUGGGACCUGUUCGGGGCGACGUGGGCGGGGACCGUGGUGGGCGCCGCGGGCGAGCUGGCGGGGGCGAUCGGCGACGUGGCCGGGGGUGCGCUGGGUUCGGUCCCGGUGUUGGGCGGCGUGCUGGAGUGGUGGGGCGGUGGAGGGGCGGCAGAGAAGGCUGAGGACUCUGUUAGCGGGGGUGGUGGUUGCGAAGCGUUGGCCGCGAAGAAGGACGGCACUGUGGACGGUGCCAUCGACGGCGGUACCAUCGACGGGACUAUUGACGGAGCAGCCAAUGUGAGUCGUGGCGGCGGUGGAGGCGGCGGAGGGGUUGAGUCUAGUGGUCGCCGGGCGGGGUCGUCAGACCACAGCAGGAGCGAAUCGGUUGGUGCCCUGUCGAAGGCGGUGGAGGGGAGCAGCGGAGGAAACAACACCGUAUCACUUGCAGCAAGGGAGGAGGAGGGAAGGGGGGAGACCGACGCUGCGGCAUCGAUGGAGGCGACGCAGCUAGUAGCACCCGAAGUCACCGGGGUGGAGUCGGAGGGAAAGACGCAAGAAGCAGGGAGCGGUCCGCAUGGCCUGACAGGAAUGGCAUGGUGGACGGUGUCGAGGGCGGUGGAAUUUGCCGGAGGCGCGGCGUACGGCUUCCUCCCGGGUUUCCAGGAUGCCAAGGAGGCGGGCGGCGAGCGGGGGGGGGAAGGGGACGAUACGAAGGAGGCGUCUGGCGAGCAUUGAAACAGUCGCCGAGCUGCUACAUCGUUGACGAUAACGAUAAAAGCUUUCGAGUAGAGAGGACCACACAAAAGUGUGACUUUGGAGCCGACGUCGGCUGCGAGAGGGUGCCCGUGCCAGCGUCGGUAACUCACGAAGGUUCCUGUGGGAGAGGCGCUGAGGCGGCGACGGCGGCGGCGUUCACCACGGGCAAUGGAGGCUGAUUGAAAAUUCGUUUUUUUUUUUUUUUUUUGGUCAAGCAGUGGUGGCGGUGGACGGUUCAGGUUCCAACGUCGGGGUCGGGCACGCUCGCCGCUGGGGUGUACAUGUUCUCCUCACGAGACGAGUUGGGUGGAGGGUGAAUAGCGUGCCGGGAGCGGGGAACAAGCCAACUGCUGGGAAUCACCACAGCGGCAACCAACCAAGAAACAGUUACCACAACGCUGACGGCCGUGUGUGUACCGUGCUGGCGUGGCGCGACGGCGGUGAAAGCUAGGGCGCAGAAGCCACUAGCAACGCCGCAGUGGGAUGGGGUUGUUUUU